GUUUUAAACUAUUUAUUUUACCAAAGACAAUCAGAUUGGAUAUUUUCAACAUACAAUUCCCUAUUCAGUAUUUUACAAAGCCAUGGACAGAGAGGACCAAAGGCUGAUGUCCCUACGUCUUUCCCGGGUGCUUGAGGACAUCGGGGUGAACAAGUACAUAAUCGCUAGGAGAAGGAGGACGUGGCUUGGGAUCGAGCCAAUAUUAACAUUCACAGGUACAUGUAUAGGUAACAACAUCAAGUUCUUUCACUUUGGCAGCCAGAGCGAGGGGACUACAACCAUUGGGAUGAAAUCAGACAUUGAUACAUUGCUCUACGAUGAUGCAUUUCCUGUGAUAUUGGACUUGGGUGAGUGGAAGCAAGGGAAGUCUCAUCUUCUUGUAUUAAAGACAGAACAUUACCCACCCCAGCACUGCAGACUGCAGAUGGUGAGACCUGACCUUCCAUUACCUUGGAAACAUGUGGUGUUUCAAAGUGAUGUGCUAGACAGUGAAGGGAGGGUAUUGCGGACAAAUAGUCAAGUACAGUAUUAUAAAUCUAUAACGGAAUUCGCCGACAAGUAG